AUGGAGAAGCUAUUCUAUGAUACUUUUGUUGAGGAGCGAUACCGGGUUUGGUUUGCAACACACUGCCUUGAUGGCGAGGCUUACAAGUGGUGGCUUGAUAUUCGUGAAGACCCUUGUGUGGAUUUGUCAUCGAUCACUUGGAAAAGAUUCAAGGAAUUAUUGUUGACAACCUAUUUCCCGCAAAGUGUAAAGAGACAAAUGGAAAGGGACCUAAGAAAUCUGAGGAAGGGGGACAGGACAGUAGUUGAGUAUGAACGAGAGUUCUCCCGAUUACUGCAUUGCGUUCCUUUUGUGGUCAGGGAUGAUGAAGACAAGGCCCGUAUUUUUGAGGUAGGUUUGCGGCCUGCGAUUUUCAGAUUGGUCCAGACGUCAAACCUUUCUACUUACAGGGAAGUGGUGAAUCGGGUCUUGAUUGUGGAAAAAGAGGCAGAAAUUAUGAAGGAAAGAGAUAUUGUGGAUCGAAGUAAAGGGAAGAGACCACCGGCUGAGAGUAGUGGUCAGCAAUCCUUCAGGAGACCGCCAAAGUAUCCGCGGGGACAGCCGGUCUAG